AUGAAGUGUAGUAAACUGCAACAACUUCAGAUAAAUUUCGUAACAUGUGGACCGCAUUUCAGUAUUGAGUUUUUGAGGUGACGUUAACUUUGCAAGAAUCAAGGCUCAGAAUCAGAGGAAAGUUCUCCAUAUAUUCCAAGGAAAAGUUCUGUAAGGUUAGGCCACGCGUCAUACAGAAUCGGUGCGCGUGCCGCAAGAGAUGCAACACAUCAACAGAUAAGUGAAGAAUUUUGUCAUGACGAAGAUUUGGGAAUUAUUUACAAUGGCAUGGAAACUGGCAAGUUUAGUUUUGGCUGUGAACUUUCUUGUUGUGGUGUCUCAAGAUUAUGAAAUAAAAGAAUGUAUUACCGACCGAGAAUUAAAAACAGUCGAUGUCAAAUGCCCUGAUAAUACCAGAAUAAGAUUAGAUGAAACAAUUUAUGGUAUUAGUAAAUGGGUUUCAAGUACAGAGUGUUCCCUAGCAGUUGGUGAUUGCAGUGAAAAAAUAGAUUUGUUCAACUCUUGUGACGGGAAAAACGAAUGUUCUGUCAUAUUGACAAAGACUUAUUCAGCUAAAUGUGGAGGUUAUGCUACGUUCUUGAGAGUUUUAUACGAUUGUCAACCAGAACUAAAUACAGUUACAGCUACUGAAGUGGUAACCAGAACGAAUUCAGAGACAAAUAAUAACAAAUUAUGGUCACCACCAAUAGCUAUCAGAGAUGACACACCAAGCCUUACUCCCGAUAACGAAACAUCAGCUGAUGAAAUUGGAUUGAUAGCUGGAUGUGUUGUUGCAGUCAUAAUCACUGUCUUAAUGCUGUUAUUUGCUAUUUAUUUAGUUGUUAAACGACUAUGCAGACCACCACAAGAUGAGGAAAUAAAUCAGGAAAAUGUAAUUCACCAAAAACCGGACAUAGUUAUAUAUGACCUAGUUUGUUGUUGUUUACCAAGACCAGAACCUGAGAAACCAAGGCCAGUAGCUGACCAAAAUCAAAACAUUCAAAAUUCUGCACAGUUGCGAAUUUCGGAUCGACCGGUUCCAAUAGGAGAAGUAACAGCCGUAACUGUUAACGAAUUUAACCAACCAAAUCCACCCAUUGUAUCUAAUGAAUCAUCUCGGCAUCAGACAAGUGCUCAGAGUGCCAAUGAGUCCAGACAAUCAAAUACAAGUGCAAUGGCCGGAAACUCUGCUGUCGGCCUCCCAAACACAAGGACAACAUCUGCAUGUUAGCGUAUAUGCCUACUAUAGUGUGAAAAAAAUAUUCAUUUGACUUCAUGCAUAUUACAUACCAAAGUUCAACAUAUUGAUAGACAGUUUAUAAACAGAUAAAUACAACUUCCGACUCUAAAUCUAUCAUUAUUGUAUUUAAAAAAAAACUUUAUUUGACAGUGAUGAAUUGAUGAAGUUCGAGGGCCACGAUUAUUUGGUGCAUUAAUACAUGCAUAGUGAAUAUUGGGAAUAUAAAUUACAAUGUGUUUGUUUGGUGUACCAAUCAUCAACUGCUAUAAGAUUUAAAAACAAUGAAUGGUAAUAUUUCUGGUGUUCUGUUGAAAGUGCUAUAUACCAUAAACAACCUUUUGUCAUUAUUCAUCUAUUUAAUUACAUAUGUUUAUAAUAAUAUAUUAUCAUUAAUUAUGUAUAUAUACAAAUAUCUAUAUUUAUAUUGUAAAUAAUGAUUUCUGCUUCUGCAUCAAAUGUAGAAGUCCAUUUAUAUUGUCAGUAUUCGUAAGAGUGAAUGUGAGAAAGAAUAAAGACAGUGUACUG